AUGGAAAUAGCAAUUAAACAGAUUAAAAGACGACAAAUCAUCGAUAAGAUCAACAAAAUAUUUCUAAAACAUUUUGUAGAUGGAAUUAUUGAGGAUCUUCUAGAACUAACCGAUACAGAAGAAUCGUCUUCUUCUUCAUCAGACCAUGGUGUAUUUGAGCCCAAUGAGCGUUAUGUGUUAGAUCUGCACGAUUUGGUUAAAGAUGAGCCGCAAAAAGAAGCUCGCCAAGAGGAGACUAGAGUGAAGAAACUUAGAAAAAAGAAGAAGCCUGUUAAAGAUCGCACAAGUGGUACUUCUAGCAGCGAUUCGGAUAGUUCAGUACCCCCGACGGCACAAAGUAAAGAAGAAUUCUAUGACGCGCACGAGAGCUACCAUGGUCUUGCAGCAUCAGCGGCCAUUAUGCAAGCGGUGCCUGAAAAUGGAAUUGUAAUGAAGCCGACUGUAGACCAACCAGCCAGUGCCCAGCAACAGUCGGCGCCUAGGAAAGAUCCUUCCACUGCCAUUACGGUAAAGUUCACUAGACCUACGUGCUCAAUGUUUCUGGCGGAACUCACUCGAAAGCUGGCUUCUAAAAAGAGGCAAGAAGUCGAAACCAAAAAUAUAGUUCAAACUAUUAUAGACAGCAUCACUAACGCUCUACCGAUAACAUUCUCCAAAAGAUCACCGCAAAAGAAAGAGUCGCCUGUUAAAAUAGAAACUUUACAGUCAUUUGCUCCAGAACUUUUACCUAACGAUACUUUAGACAUUCCUCCACCCCAAAUUGAAAAAAUUGAAGAUGAGCAAUCACUAACAGACACAGAGAGCGUAAAAACUAAGUUUAAAAUGCCCAAAAUGCCAGUGGCUAGUAGUGAUGUAUUCAAACAAGCUAUAGAGAGACGAAGAAGAAUUCCGACUGAAGAUGUAGCGGUCAAUACAGGGGCAGAACAUGACGUUGCUAGUGAAAUUGCCAAGUAUGUUGGAACGUUGAAAAAAAUAUCUUUAAUAGCAGAAGAAUUUAAUCAAAAAACUGCUAAAAAUUUAAAGGAGAUAGUAGAUAGUGUUCAAGAAGAUUUGAUAAAAAAAUUAGAAGAAAUCCAAGCUGAAAGAAAAGCAUCGCUCAGAGCUGAAAAACCAGUACAAAUCGAUGUAAAAUCAGAAGCUAUGGAAGAAGAAUAA